GUUGGCCUUGCGCUUUAAAAACGACGCGUAUAUUUAAUAAUAAAUAUAAAAAAGUAAACCUAAAGUUGCCAUAAUCAUCAAAAGACUAAACAAAAACAAAACAACACUACUUCGUGAUAAAGAGACCACAGUGUUGCAUACGAAACAGGAAACUUCAAGGAUAACCAGCUGACAUGCCACAUAAAUUGGAUUAUUAAAAGGGGUAUCGCGAUAUAUAAACGAACGAACAUUGUGUAUAUAAGCCACAUAUAAAAGAGGCUGACCCAUUCAACAUUAAUUGGCAUUAAAUCGGAAACAUGACCAAACCGACGGCAGCCAAUUCGCAUUGGCUGGCCGCAUUGUUGUCGUUGUUGUUGCUGGUGGUGCUGGUGCUCCACACAACCACAGCGGACGAGGCGUUUUCGUGUCCAAAUGGCUGGGAACUGCGUGGAUUAAAUUGCUAUAAAUAUUUUAAUAUUAAGCAUUCGUAUGAGAAAAGCGCCGAACUGUGUCGAAGAUAUGGCGCCGAACUGGUGGCCGUCGAUUCCUAUGCGGAGAACAAUGAGACUCUGGCAAUAGCACGCGCCAGCGAUCCAAAUCAACGUGCCUCUGACAAAUACUGGCUUGGUCUGGCGUCGCUGGAUGAUUUACGCACGAAUACCCUGGAGUCUGCCUCUGGCGCAUUGAUCUCACAGUACUCGGGCUUUUGGUCUCUGCAGCAGCCAAAUGCUGCGUCCGGUGAGUGCGUUGCUGCCAGCUUUGCCAGCAAGGCGCAGAGCUGGGCUCUGGGCACCUGCGAAUCCCUGCUACCCUUCAUGUGCCGUGCUCCGGCCUGUCCGCAAGGAGCACUCCAUUGCGCCAACGGGAAGUGCAUCAAUCAGGCAUUUAAGUGCGAUGGCAGCGAUGAUUGUGGCGAUGGUACCGAUGAGCUCGACUGUCCAGCUCAAUGCCAUUUCCACAUGCAAUCUGGCGGCGAUGUUAUUGAGACGCCCAACUAUCCGCACAAAUAUGGAGCGUUGAGCAAGUGCAAGUGGACGCUGGAGGGACCGCUGGGCAGCAAUAUUAUACUGCAGUUCCAGGACUUUGAGACAGAGAAAACUUUCGACACCGUUCAGGUGCUGGUGGGUGGACGCACUGAGGACAAGUCUGUGUCGCUAGCAACUCUCAGUGGCAAACAGGAUCUGACUACACAACCAUUUGUAUCCGCCUCCAACUUUAUGAUUGUCAAGUUCACCACAGAUGGCAGCGUAGAGCGUAAGGGCUUUAGGGCGACAUGGAAAACGGAGGCAAAGAAUUGUGGCGGUACCUUGAAGGCAACCUUGCAGCGACAAACUCUAACCAGUGCUAACUAUCCCAAGCAAUAUCCCGGCGGUCUGGAGUGCCUGUAUGUGAUCAAGGCGCAGCCGGGUCGCAUUAUCUCAAUUGAAGUAGAUGAUCUAGAUAUUGCCGAGGGACGCGAUCAUCUAAUCAUCCGCGAUGGUGAUUCACCUAUGAGUCGCACCAUUUCCAAGCUGACUGGAAAAACGCCACAUAACGAGCGAGUUAUCAUCUCAACUGGCAAUGCACUGUAUCUGUACUUCAAGUCCAAUUUGGGUGAGGCUGGCAAGGGUUUCAGUCUGCGCUAUAUUCAAGGGUGCAAGGCGACGAUUACGGCUCGAAAUGGAACAGUUACAUCGCCAGCAUUCGGCUUGGCGGACUAUCCAAAGAAUCAGGAGUGCUUCUUCACCAUUCGGAACGGCGCACGUGCACCACUCUCUCUAAAGUUCGACAAGUUCACCGUACAUAAGAGCGAUAACGUGCAGGUCUUUGAUGGCUCCUCCACAUCCGGAUUGCGUCUGCACUCCGGCAAUGGCUUCACGGGCACUGCAGCGCCCAAGCUAACCCUGACUGCCUCAUCUGGUGAAAUGUUGAUUAAGUUUACUUCGGAUGCGUUACACAAUGCAGCAGGCUGGUCGGCGACUUUCUCAGCUGACUGUCCUGAGCUGCAGCCCGGUAUUGGGGCUUUGGCCUCCAGUCGCGACACGGCCUUUGGCACGCUGGUCAGCUUCACAUGUCCCAUUGGACAGGAGUUUGCCACCGGCAAGACGCGUCUGGUAACUGAAUGUUUGCCCGGUGGCAACUGGAGUGUCUCCUACAUACCAAAGUGUCAGGAGGUCUACUGCGGUCCUGUGCCACAAAUUGACAACGGUUUCUCCAUUGGCUCCUCGAAUGUGACGUAUCGCGGCAUUGCCAUGUACCAGUGCUACGCUGGCUUUGCAUUUGCCUCCAGCGAGCCAAUUGAGAAGAUUUCCUGCCUGCCCGAUGGUCGCUGGGAGCGUCAGCCCCACUGCAUGGCCUCCCAAUGUGCUGCACUGCCCGAGGUGCCACAUGCCAAUAUGACGCUGCUGAAUGGAGGUGGUCGAAGCUAUGGUACCAUUGUCCAAUACGAAUGCGAACCGGGCUAUGAGCGCAAUGGUCAUCCCGUUCUUACUUGCAUGUCGAACGGUACCUGGAGUGGAGAUGUGCCACGUUGUACGCGCAAGCGUUGCUUCGAAUUUCCAGUAAUUGAGAAUGGCUUUGUGGUGGAUGCGGCACGUCCGUACCACUAUGGAGAUGAGGCCAGGGUGCAGUGCUUCAAAGGCUAUAAGUUGAUUGGCAGCAAUAUUAUGCGUUGCAGCGAGGCUCAACGGUUUGAGCAGCCUCCCACAUGUGAGGAUAUUAACGAGUGCAGCUCCUCCCAAUGCGAUCUGACAACCACCGAGUGCAUGAAUACGAAUGGAUCCUUCCACUGUCAGUGUCGUUCGGGUUUCAUGGCGACAACGGAGUGCAGACCCGUUGGCGAUUUGGGUCUGGGUAAUGGCGGUAUUCCGGAUGAUAGUAUUAAGACCUCGCCAAGUGAGCUUGGCUACAGCAAAUCUCUGCUGCGUCUCAAUAUGAAUGGCUGGUGUGGCGCCUCCUUGGAACCAGGGGCCAAUUGGAUACUCAUUGAUCUUAAGGCACCCACUAUUCUGCGGGGAUUCCGAACCAUGUCCGUACAGCGUUCCGAUGGCAAUGUGGCCUUCAGUUCCGCGGUGCGUUUACAGUAUACAAAUGAUUUAACUGAUGUGUUCAAGGAUUAUGCCAAUCCGGAUGGAACCCCUGUGGAGUUUAGAAUACUGGAGCCAACGUUGUCCAUACUGAAUCUACCGUUACCGAUUGAGGCGCGUUAUGUCCGCUUCCGCAUACAGGACUAUGUUGGAGCUCCUUGUCUGCGCAUGGAGCUGAUGGGCUGCACCCGUUUGGAUUGCGUCGACAUCAAUGAAUGCAGCAAACAAAAUGGCGGCUGUGAUCAGAAGUGCACCAAUUCACCUGGUGGCUAUGCCUGCGCCUGUAACACUGGCUACCAGCUGUACACGUCCAAUGGCACCGCUGGCUUUCACAUUGAGCGCUUCGAGUCGGGUGAACGUGAUGGGGAUACCUAUCAGCGGAACAAGACGUGUGUCCCCUUGAUGUGCCCCGAUUUGCAGGCACCGGAGAAUGGCCAGCUGCUGAGCGAACGCAGUGAUUAUCACUUUGGCGAUGUGGUGCGAUUCCAGUGCCACUUUGGCUACAUCAUGAGCGGCAGCUCAGUAGCUCUCUGCCUAUCCAGCGGUCAAUGGAAUGCCAGCGUACCAGAGUGCAAUUAUGCCAAGUGCGUUUCAUUGCCUGAUGACAAGCUGGAAGGUUUGACUGUUGCCCGCCCAGAUCCCGAAUCCGUGCUGGUUCCUUUCCGUGACAAUGUGACCAUUAGCUGUGGCUCUGCCGGCCGUCAAUUGCGCUCCACUGCCUCCGCUGGCUUUAGGCAGUGCGUGUACGAUCCCAAGCCGGGUCUGCCCGACUACUGGCUAUCGGGCAUGCAGCCUUCCUGUCCCCGUGUGGACUGCUAUGCACCUAUGCCAACCCCCGGUGCUGAAUAUGGACAGUUUGUGGAUACGCGUUAUCAGAGCAGCUUCUUCUUUGGCUGCCAGAACACCUUUAAGCUGGCGGGACAAACGCAACGACACGACAAUGUUGUGCGCUGUAAUGCCGAUGCCAUUUGGGACUUUGGUGACCUGCGCUGCGAGGGACCCGUCUGCGAGGAUCCUGGUCGUCCAGCCGAUGGUCGUCAGCUGGCGCGCAGCUACGAGCAAAGUUCCGAGGUUUACUUUGGUUGCAAUCGUCCUGGCUACAUUCUCAUUAACCCCAGACCAAUUACGUGCAUACGUGAACCGGAGUGCAAGGUGAUCAAGCCACUGGGAUUGAGCUCGGGCAGAAUACCCGACUCCGCCAUCAACGCCACCUCGGAGCGACCAAACUAUGAGGCGAAGAAUAUACGAUUGAACUCAGCGACCGGCUGGUGUGGCAAACAGGAAGCAUUCACCUAUGUCAGUGUGGAUUUGGGACAGAUAUAUCGUGUAAAGGCAAUACUAGUCAAGGGUGUGGUUACCAAUGAUAUUGUGGGGCGACCCACCGAGAUACGCUUCUUCUACAAGCAGGCAGAGAAUGAGAACUAUGUCGUCUACUUCCCGAACUUCAAUUUAACCAUGCGUGAUCCCGGCAACUAUGGCGAACUGGCCAUGAUAACACUCCCGAAAUACGUGCAGGCUCGUUUCGUUAUCCUGGGCAUUGUAAGCUAUAUGGAUAAUGCCUGCUUGAAGUUCGAGCUGAUGGGCUGCGAGGAGCCCAAGAAGGAGCCGCUGCUCGGCUACGACUAUGGCUACUCACCCUGUGUGGACAAUGAGCCACCCAUCUUCCAGAACUGUCCGCAACAGCCGAUUGUGGUGCGACGAGAUGAGAAUGGUGGUGUGCUGCCCGUUAACUUUACCGAACCCACUGCUGUGGAUAACUCUGGUUCGAUUGCACGACUAGAAAUCAAGCCACAGAACUUCCGUACACCCAGUCACAUAUUUAAGGAUACGGUUGUCAAGUAUGUGGCCUUCGAUUACGACGGCAAUGUGGCUAUUUGUGAGAUUAAUAUAACCGUGCCAGAUGUUACGCCUCCAUUGCUGCAGUGCCCCCAGAGCUAUGUUAUUGAGUUAGUCGAUCGCCAGGACAGCUACAAUGUGAACUUUAACGAUACGCGCAAACGCAUCAAGACCUCUGAUGAGACAGGUGAAGUACGCCUGCAGUUUACGCCGGAGCGUGCAACCAUUAAGAUUGGCAACUUUGAAAAUGUAACAGUAACUGCCACGGAUAAAUUCAACAAUCGUGCCAGCUGUCACUUCCAGGUGUCCGUGCAGGCAUCGCCUUGCGUCGACUGGGAAUUACAACCGCCGGCAAAUGGAGCAAUUAAUUGUCUGCCGGGUGAUCGGGGAAUUGAGUGUAUUGCCACCUGUAAGCCAGGAUUCCGAUUUACUGACGGUGAGCCACUAAAAACCUUCUCCUGUGAGACCUCCCGCCUGUGGCGUCCCACAUCUGUGGUGCCCGAUUGCGUGUCAGAGAAUACGGAACAGGCUGCCUACCAUGUGACGGCCACGAUUACCUAUCGCGCCAAUGGCGCUGUGGCUCAGUCUUGUCUGGGACAGUAUCAGGAGGUGCUCUCCCACCACUAUGCUGGACUUAAUCAGUUGCUUUCGCAACGCUGCUCAGCGGUCAAUGUGAAUAUGAAUGUGACCUUUUUGAAAUCGGUGCCAUCGCUCCAGGAGGAGAAUGUCGUCAAAAUGGACUUUAUUCUUUCGAUCUUGCCUGCUGUGCGUCAGCCCCAACUGUACGAUCUGUGCGGCUCCACACUGAAUCUGAUCUUCGAUCUGAGUGUGCCUUAUGCCAGUGCUGUCAUCGAUGAUCUGCUGAACAUCUCCAACAUUGGUAAUCAGUGUCCGCCACUGCGUGCACUCAAAUCGCAAAUAUCUCGUGGAUUUAACUGCAACGUGGGUGAGGUGCUCAACAUGGAUACGAGCGAUGUGCCCCGUUGCUUGCACUGUCCAGCUGGCACCUAUGUCUCAGAGGGUCAGAACAGCUGCACCUAUUGUCCACGUGGAUACUAUCAGAAUCGGGAUCGUCAGGGCACCUGUCUGCGUUGUGCCGCCGGCACUUAUACCAAGGAAGAGGGCUCCAAAUCUUUGUCUGAUUGCAUUCCCGUUUGUGGUUAUGGCACCUACUCACCCACUGGUCUCGUGCCCUGCUUAGAAUGUCCACGUAACUCGUUUACCGCCGAGCCACCCACCGGUGGCUUUAAGGAUUGUCAAGCGUGCCCAGCGCAAAGCUUCACCUAUCAACCGGCGGCUGCCAAUAAGGGUCUGUGUAGGGCCAAGUGCGCACCGGGCAGCUAUUCUGCAACGGGUCUGGCACCCUGCUCCUCCUGCCCACUGCACCACUACCAAAGUGCUUCGGGCGCCCAGAACUGCAAUGAAUGCCCCAGCAAUAUGCGUACGGACAGCGCUGGCGCCAAGGGACGCGAACAAUGCAAACCUGUCGUCUGUGGAGAGGGUGCCUGCCAUCAUGGUGGACUCUGUGUGCCCAUGGGUCAUGAUGUCCAAUGCUUCUGCCCCGCUGGUUUCUCUGGUCGUCGCUGUGAACAGGAUAUAGAUGAGUGCGCCUCGCAGCCCUGCUACAAUGGUGGACAGUGCAAAGAUCUGCCGCAGGGCUAUCGCUGUGAAUGCCCCAAGGGCUACACGGGCAUCAAUUGUCAGGAGGAAGCCAGCGAUUGUGGCAAUGAUACCUGUCCCGCCCGUGCCAUGUGCAAAAAUGAACCGGGCUAUAAGAAUGUGACCUGUCUGUGUCGCAGUGGCUAUACGGGAGAUCAGUGCGAUGUGACCAUCGAUCCCUGCACCGCCAAUGGUAAUCCGUGCAACAAUGGAGCAAGCUGUCUGGCUUUGCAACAGGGUCGCUACAAGUGCGAGUGUCUGCCGGGCUGGGAGGGAAUGCAUUGCGAGCAGAAUAUCAAUGAUUGCGAAGAGAAUCCUUGCUUGUUGGGUGCUGCCUGUACCGAUCUAGUCAAUGAUUUCCAAUGCACCUGUCCUCCUGGUUUCACUGGGAAGCGCUGCGAGCAGAAGAUUGAUCUGUGCCUCUCCGAGCCAUGCAAGCAUGGCGCUUGUGUGGAUCGCCUGUUUGACCACGAAUGCAUCUGUGAUCCGGGCUGGACGGGUAGCGCAUGUGAUGUCAAUAUCGAUGACUGCGAGAAUCGUCCGUGUGCCAAUGACGGCGUCUGUGUGGAUCUGGUCGAUGGCUACAGCUGCAACUGUGAACCCGGUUAUACGGGCAAGAACUGUCAACAUACCAUCGAUGAUUGCGCCUCGAAUCCUUGCCAGCAUGGUGCCACCUGUGUCGAUCAGCUUGAUGGCUUCAGCUGCAAGUGUCGUCCCGGAUUUGUGGGUCUCAGCUGCGAGGCGGAGAUCGAUGAAUGCUUGAGUGAUCCCUGCCAUCCCGUAGGCACCGAACGCUGCCUGGAUCUGGACAACAAGUUCGAGUGCGUUUGCCGCGAUGGCUUUAAGGGAGCUCUCUGCGAGACAGAUAUCGAUGACUGCGAACCACAACCCUGCCUCAACAAUGGCAUCUGUCGCGAUCGUGUUGGAGGCUUCGAGUGUGGCUGUGCUCCCGGCUGGAGUGGCAUGCGUUGUGAGCAACAGGUGACCAGCUGCAAUGUGCAGGCUCCUUGUCAGAACGAUGCUCGGUGCAUUGAUCUGUUCCAGGACUACUUCUGUGUCUGUCCCAGCGGCACCGAUGGCAAGAAUUGUGAAACAGCCCCAGAACGCUGCAUUGGAAAUCCCUGCAUGCAUGGCGGCAAGUGCCAGGACUUUGGCUCCGGCCUCAACUGUAGCUGUGCUGCGGAUUACGCUGGCAUUGGCUGUCAGUAUGAGUAUGAUGCUUGUGAGGAUCAUGUGUGUCAGAAUGGUGCUACCUGUUUGGACAAUGGCGCCGGCUACAGUUGCCAAUGUCCACCUGGAUUCACUGGCAAGAAUUGCGAACAGGAUAUUGCGGAUUGCAAGGAUAACUCCUGCCCACCAGGCGCCAACUGUGUGGAUCUGACCAAUGGCUUCUACUGCCAAUGUCCGUUUAAUAUGACUGGUGAUGAUUGCCGCAAGGCCAUUCAAGUGGAUUAUGAUCUGUACUUCAGCGAUGCGACACGUUCAACUGCAGCUCAGGUGGUGCCCUUCCCCACCGGGGAGGCGAACAGCCUGACUGUGGCGAUGUGGGUGCAAUUUGCACAGAAGGAUGACACUGGUAUCUUCUUUACACUCUACGGCGUGGAUUCCGCUCGCAUGACGCAACGUCGUCGAUUGCUGCUUCAGGCACACUCCAGUGGUGUGCAGGUUUCACUCUUCGAGGAUCUGCCCGAUAUGUUCCUCAGCUUUGGAGAAUACACAUCGGUCAACGAUGGCCAGUGGCAUCAUGUGGCUGUCGUCUGGGAUGGCAUUAGUGGUCAACUGCAGCUGAUUACCGAGGGAUUGAUUGCCAGCAAAUUGGAAUAUGGCGCUGGUGGUGCUCUGCCAGGUUAUCUCUGGUCGGUGCUGGGUCGUCCGCAACCGGACAGCGUUAAGCAUGAAUUGGCCUACAGCGAUACUGGAUUCCAGGGCACCAUUACCAAGACACAGGUGUGGGCUCGAGCUUUGGAUAUUACUUCCGAACUUCAGAAGCAGGUGCGCGAUUGUCGCUCCGAACCGGUACUUUAUCCGGGUCUCAUUCUCAACUGGGCCGGCUAUGAGAUGACGUCGGGCGGCGUGGAACGCAAUGUGCCCUCAUUGUGCGGUCAACGCAAGUGCCAGAUGGGCUACACUGGUGCCAACUGUCAACAACUGGUCGUGGACAAGGAACCGCCAGUCGUAGAACAUUGUCCCGGUGAUUUGUGGGUCAUUGCAAAGAAUGGCUCCGCUGUGGUUACCUGGGACGAGCCCCACUUCAGCGAUAACAUCGGUGUGACCAAGAUCUAUGAGCGCAAUGGCCAUCGCUCGGGUACAACUCUGCUCUGGGGCACCUACGACAUCACCUAUAUUGCAUCCGAUGCUGCUGGCAACACAGCUUCAUGCAGCUUCAAGGUUUCCCUGCUAACUGAAUUCUGCCCACCUCUGGCUGAUCCCGUGGGAGGCUCUCAGGUCUGCAAAGACUGGGGCGCAGGUGGUCAGUUCAAGGUAUGUGAAAUUGCUUGCAACAGUGGACUACGCUUCUCUGAGCCAGUACCAGAGUUCUACACUUGUGGAGCUGAGGGCUUCUGGCGUCCCACACGCGAACCCUCAAUGCCAUUGGUCUAUCCAUCCUGCUCACCGUCUAAGCCGGCACAGCGUGUGUUCCGCAUCAAAAUGCUCUUCCCAUCGGAUGUGCUGUGCAACAAGGCCGGCCAGGCUGUGCUGCGCCAGAAGGUCACCAACUCGGUAAAUGCCCUGAACAGAGACUGGAACUUCUGCUCGUAUGCUAUUGAGGGUACAAGGGAAUGCAAGGAUAUCCAAAUCGAUGUCAAGUGUGAUCAUUAUCGUGCCGCACAAAACAAUCGCGUGCGUCGACAGGUCAAGGAUGGUGGUGUCUAUGUAAUGGAAGCGGAGCUGCCAGUUGUCAACGAGGAUGACGAGCUGGCGCUGACGAGUCGCCAGGGACGCCAACAAACUGGCGGCGAUACAUACACUCUGGAAAUAGCCUUCCCGGCUGUUAACGAUCCAGUGAUACAUACAUCGACCGGUGAGCGGUCCAAUGUCAAGCAGCUGCUCGAGAAGUUGAUCCUAGAGGAUGAUCAAUUUGCCGUACAAGAAAUUCUGCCCAACACAGUACCCGAUCCGGCAUCCCUUGAGUUGGGCUCCGAAUAUGCCUGUCCCGCUGGACAGGUUGUUAUGAUUCCUGACUGUGUGCCCUGCUCCAUUGGCACGUUCUACGAUGGUGCAAACAAAACGUGCAUUGCCUGCGCCCGGGGUAGCUAUCAGUCCGAGGCUGGUCAGCAGCAAUGCAGCAAGUGUCCAACCAUUGCGGGACGUCCAGGUGUAACAGCUGGUCCCGGUGCGCGCUCCGCAGCUGACUGCAAGGAACGCUGCCCGGCUGGCAAGUAUUUCGAUGCGGAAACUGGUCUGUGCCGUUCCUGCGGCCAUGGCUUCUAUCAGGCGAACGAAGGCGCCUUUAGCUGCGAUCUAUGCGGUCUUGGCCAGACGACACGCUCCACUGAGGCUACCUCACGCAAGGAGUGUCGCGACGAAUGCAGCUCUGGCCAACAGCUGGGAGCCGAUGGACGCUGUGAGCCAUGUCCACGUGGCACCUAUCGUCUGCAGGGUGUGCAGCCAUCAUGUGCCGCCUGUCCAUUGGGUCGCACCACUCCCAAGGUGGGCGCCAGCUCGGUGGAGGAGUGCACACUACCAGUCUGCUCACCUGGAACCUAUCUCAAUGCCACUCAGAACAUGUGCAUCGAGUGCCGAAAGGGCUUCUAUCAAUCCGAAUCACAGCAAACCACGUGCAUUCAGUGUCCACCCAAUCACAGCACCAAGAUCACUGGCGCCACCUCCAAGAGCGAGUGCACCAAUCCGUGCGAGCAUAUUGCCGAGGGCAAGCCCCAUUGCGACAUUAAUGCCUAUUGUAUUAUGGUACCGGACCCUUCGGACUUCAAGUGCGAAUGCAAGCCGGGCUUCAAUGGCACUGGUAUGGUCUGCACCGACGUCUGUGACGGUCACUGCGAGAACUCAGGCACUUGUGUCAAGGAUUUGAAGGGUACGCCGUCCUGCCGCUGUGUGGGAUCUUUCACCGGACCACAUUGCGCUGAGCGAUCGGAGUUUGCAUAUAUUGCCGGUGGCAUUGCUGGCGCUGUGAUCUUCAUCAUUAUCAUUGUGCUGCUCAUCUGGAUGAUUUGUGUGCGCUCCACAAAACGCAGGGAUCCAAAGAAGAUGCUGACGCCAGCCAUCGAUCAGACUGGUUCCCAGGUGAACUUCUACUAUGGUGCACACACGCCAUAUGCGGAAUCGAUUGCACCAUCGCACCACAGCACCUAUGCCCAUUACUAUGACGAUGAGGAGGAUGGUUGGGAGAUGCCAAACUUCUACAACGAAACCUAUAUGAAAGACGGUCUACAUGGUGGCAAGAUGAGCACAUUGGCCCGGUCCAAUGCAUCGCUCUACGGAACAAAAGAAGACUUAUACGAUCGACUGAAACGUCACGCCUACACGGGCAAGAAAGAAAAGAGUGACAGUGAUAGUGAAGUGCAGUAAACCAUCAGCGAAAUAUACAAAUAAUUUAAACAUAUGAAUAACUUUAAAAAAGCUGCUUUAAUGUAAAAUGUGGUCAUAAAUGUAUAGCACUGCAACGAGGCAAAAUUUGAACACUGCCACAAUAAAAUACUCAUUAAAAGCUUCAUUUGAAAGCUUUGCAUUGAAUCGCAGUAAUCUCGAGCUACAUAUCCUUAGAACUUUAUUGCUGUUUUAAUUACGUGGCUUAAUGCAAAGCUUGAAAUAAACGAAAAGCUGCUUUAUGAAAAGAGAAAUCUUAAGAAAUAGUAACUUCAACAUGUGCUCUUUAAAUAUGAAAACUAAACAGAAAUUAAGUCGAACUUAUGCAUAUAAUAUGAGUAUAAUAAAAAUAAAAAGAAUUGUUUUAAUUAUAAGUAUUAUUUACCUAUACGCACGCAAAUACAUUAAUAAUAUAUAAACUACCUUCGCUUAGAAGGUAUGCAAAGAGAGAAAGCGUCAAAUUGCAAUAUAUUUUCCAAACUUGUUGAAAAAUUCGCGAGUGCUGUAAAAAGCAAAUCAAAUAUAGUCGUUAUUUUGUAAUUUAAAUAAAGCAAAUUAAUUUGUAAUUUUAUAAUAUCUUUUGUAUAACUGUACAAAAGAACCAAGUAAAUAAUAAAAGCAAAAGCUUAUGUUUAUAUAUACAUU